GGUUUUGCUGUCCUUCCGUAUUUCCAGACACCAUGGCUUACGUACACGUGCGCGAUGUUGCUCAAAACUUGACGAAUGAGUCAAGUGCCAACAGGCAAUCGCCUCUAACAGCAGCAGGAGUCAUCCCUUAGCUCUUUCCAGUUGAACAUUGCCAUGAAGCCUGACAACCAGCUCUCGUUGUCACCUCUCAACAUCAAACCUCCAACAUCGAACACUUUCAACAUCGAAUACUUCCAGCAUCAAACAUGACAUGCCAUCAGGCACCCAACAUGACCUAUCAUCCGGCCCCGACCGUGACCUAUCACCAGGCACCUAACGCACCAACCGUGACAUAUCAUCUAACGCCAAACACUACAUACCAUCAGGCGUCGACUACUGCGGACGUCCCUUCAACUCCACCAACUCCGCCUGUAGACCAAGCAAAAGCCAAAGAAAAUGCCAUCAUGUUGGCCGCAGCAUAUGCUUUGUGCACCAUCCUCCUGGCAUGUCUCGAUAUGGGCGGUCUAUCUCCAACUGCUGACCUAGAUAUCGCCGCUCGCUGGAUCGGCAGCCUCAUCCUUCUCAUCGCAUGCCUGGUGCUACUUGUAUUCGGUCUCGAAGCUCUCGGAUCAGUGUUCCAGUCAGACGACCAUUGUACUGGAGAUUCUGGAAGACAGCGAGCCCAUAUCGGUGCCAUAAUAGGCGUGUAUGCCAACAUCCUAUUGGCCGCUCUCUCAGGCUGCCUAGACAACAAAGGCUUCAUCUACCAGAUCUUUUGGUGCCAAACACUCGCACUGCCUGCCGCCUUCAUCGUAUCCAAAUACCUGGGAGGAAAGAUGGACCACAAAGAGGAGAUGUUGUUGAAGUUCUGCGCUUAUGGACUGGUGAACAUGAUGCUCUGGCUCGACCUCCAGAACCUCCCUCUACCAUUGAAUCACGACAGUUCUGAACUCAGUCCAUUCUUUGCUUGGAUGGGUUGGAUUGCAGGUUUCGUCCUCCUACUCGCCACUAGUGCCUGCCUCCUUUUCGCCAACGUCGAUUACAUCGUCAAGGUCCGUCUUGCAGAUAACCCCUCUGGCAGGAUUCUGACGAUUUUGGGAGCAAUGAUCGGAGUCGGUAUCAUGGUGCUUGGAGUCAUGGCACCUUUCGAGAUGCUCUUCCACGUCUUGGAAGGCAAGCACUGGAUGUAUCAGAUUCUGUGGGCUGUGGUUAGACAUCAUACCCAUACCCAUACCCAUCACUACAGUUGGAACCGAGUACAGAACAAAACAAGGAGGAUCAAAAUGCAAUCAAUUUGAUCAAGGACGCAACCCCUAGCCCUCACUUUCCAUCUUGAUAUCAUCUGUUCAUGAAACCUUCGUGUCAUGUGCUCAUGAGAAAGCUUCUGUCGUAUGCUCGUGAAACAACUUCUGUCGCAUGCUCAUAAGACUUUUUCCUCCCCAUUCCUUCCCUUCAAAUUCUAAACUUGGGUAGAAGUUGCGUCAACUGCACAGCCGAUCUUCUUCAUAGUGACCGUAAUCAUGGAAGCUUCUUCGUAGCUCGUGGCAGCCCAGGUGGAUUGAACAGCUGUAUGAGUGGUACUGACAGGCUCAAACGAGAUACCAGUCACAGUAGGCA